CUAUCACUACGGCUCCUUAACAUUGCGACUCCUACGCAGCGAUGCGUUAGGUCCUUCCACCAGAGCAUUCCCAAUUUCUCGGUGCCAUCGCCGACCCCAUUCGUCCCGGAUGUCGCGACUUUCCUCUCGCUGAUCGGCCGCGACUUGUCCAAGCACGCGAGCAAGAUUCCAUCCUGGGAGAAACUCUUCACUCUCAGCUCGAGCGAGUUACGGGAGCUGGGGAUCGAAUCAUCCCGCCAGCGACGGUACCUGAUUCGCAGGCGAGAAAAGUUCAAGCAUGGAAUAUACGGCCCCGGUGGGGACCUGGAAACUGUCGUCGAUGGUGCAGCACAGCUGCGGGUGGUCGAAGUCCCCGCGAACGCUGCUCGGCCUACAGGCACAGAGAAUACCAGCCCGGCACCGUCUUCACUCUCAUCUGCGAACCUGUCGCCGGGAAUGAGGAGGGUUAUUGUCAACCUUGCCCCGGAUGCGACCGGUUAUCAGCAUAAUACGAGCAAUUCCCUGCGAAGAUUCGCCCAUAUGAAGAUUCACCACGGAGCUAUGAUCCAAGGACCCUUCUUGCAGCCGAUCAAGGGGACAAACGGGUCUGCGGCUCUGAUCAAGGUUCAGGAGGGUAUGUGGGAGGAUAAGCUGGGGCACAAGGUUGAUGGUGGUGAGAGAAGGCGCGCAGAGGUCAGAGCUAAGAAGAAGAGCGAAGAGCGGAAAAAA